GAGAGAGAGAGAGACAGAGAGACAGAGAGAGAGAGAGACAGAGAGAGAGACAGAGAGAGAGAGAGAGAGAGACAGAGAGAGGGUGACUGAAUGAACAUAUUAAUUGUCACAAGAUAACGUAUCAGUCUUCACUGACAACAGUAGAGUGCUCAAACCACUGUCCUAAACAUGUCGGACCUGACCUUCGGAGAGCAGACUAACUGGAAUAAUCUGACGGAUCACCACAUGAGCGGAGAUGAACUUGUUUUCUUUGUAAAUGGAAAAAAGAUAACAGAGAAACAUGCUGAUCCAGAGAUGACACUGCUGAUAUACCUCAGGAGAAAGUUGGGUUUGACAGGUACUAAGCUGGGCUGUGCAGAGGGAGGAUGUGGAGCCUGUACUGUGAUGCUCUCCAAAUAUCAGCCCCACCUCAGCAAAGUGCUUCACCACUCGGUGAAUGGGUGUCUGGCCCCUCUGUGUUCACUCCAUCACUGUGCUGUCACCACGGUGGAAGGCAUCGGCAGCGUGGCAGGGAAACUCCACCCCGUACAGGAGCGUAUCGCAAAGUCUCAUGGUUCACAGUGUGGGUUCUGUACCCCAGGUAUCGUCAUGUCUAUGUAUGCUCUGCUCAGGAACAACCCUACACCCUGCAUGGCUGACAUAGAGGAGGCCUUCCAAGGGAACCUGUGUCGCUGUACUGGUUACAGACCAAUUCUGGAUGGGUACAAGACGUUCACCAAAGAGAGGAGCUGUUGUGGUGGCAAAGGGAAGAUAAACGGCUGCUGCAUGACCAACAGAGUAGAGACCAAAGGAUACACUGACGAGAGUGUCAACAGAACCUCAGUGUUGCCUGCUCCUCUCUACAACCCAGCUGACUUCCUCCCUCUGGAUCCCACUCAGGAGAUCAUCUUCCCACCAGAGCUGAUGUCCCUGUGUAAAGGCCAGUCCUCUCAACAGCUGAGGUUCAGAGGAGAGAGGGUUCUGUGGCUUCAGCCAGCUUCUCUGCAUCAACUUCUAGAGCUUAAGACUCAGUACCCCAACGCCAAGAUGGUGGUUGGUAACACUGAAGUCGGUAUUGAGAUGAAGUUUAAGAACCUGCUGUAUCCUGUUAUUCUGGCCCCGGGAUACAUCCCCGAGCUCAACACCAUACAGCACACUGACGAGGGUAUAGUAUUUGGAGCGUCCUGUUCCCUGACCCUGCUGGGUGAUGUGCUGAAGGCUGCGGUGGGUAAACUGCCCCCCUACCAGACUGAAGUCUUCAACGCUGUGCUGGAGCAACUUCGCUGGUUCGCUGGACUACAGAUACGCAACGUGGCAGCCAUUGGAGGUAACAUCAUGACUGCCAGCCCCAUCUCCGACCUCAACCCUGUCUUUAUGGCUUCUGGCUGCAAGCUCACGCUCAUGUCCAAAGGUGGUGAGCGUGUGGUUGUGAUGGAUGAGAAGUUCUUCCCAGGUUACAGAAAGACCAUCCUGACACCUGAGGAGGUUCUUCUAUGUGUCCUGAUCCCGUACACCAAGAAGGGUCAGUACUUUGCUGCCUAUAAGCAGUCCCCUCGUCGUGAGGAUGACAUCAGCAUUGUGACGUCAGGGAUGAGUGUGACAUUCGCAGAGGGGUCAACCAUCGUCAAUCACCUGGCCCUUAGUUACGGAGGGAUGGCUGCUACUACUGUCAUGGCUAAGAACACAGCCAGUAGACUUCUGGGAAAACAGUGGGGGGAAGAGCUUCUGCAGGAUGCUUGUUCCUCAUUGGCUGAGGAGAUGACCCUUCACCCCUCUGCACCGGGUGGCAUGGUGACCUACCGACGGACUCUGACCCUAAGCCUGUUUUACAAGUUUUACCUGACUGUACAACAGAAACUGGUCAGUGAGGGUGCAUAUAUAGAGGGUGUCAGAGCUGACUACAUCAGUGCUACAGAGAUCUACCACCAGACGUCUCCCUCCAGUGUCCAGAUUUUCCAGGCGGUUCCAGACGGUCAGAAGGAGGAGGACGUGGUGGGCCGUCCCAUGAUGCACCUCUCAGCCUUGAAGCAGGCGACGGGCGAGGCGGUUUACUGUGACGACAUCCCUCUCUACGAGAACGAACUGUACCUCUGUCUUAUAACCAGCACCAAGGCCCACGCAAAAUUACAGUCUAUAGAUACAGAGGAGGCAGAGAGGAUGCCAGGUGUGGUGACGUGUGUGUUAGCCAAGGACAUCCCUGGCAGCAACAUGACAGGACCUAUCGUCUACGACGAGACUGUCCUCGCUGAUGACACGGUGACGUGUGUGGGCCACAUCAUAGGAGCGGUAGUAGCAGACACUCAGGCUCAUGCUCAGAGAGCAGCCAAGGCCGUGAGGAUCACCUACCAGGAACUACAGCCUGUAAUCAUCACCAUACAGGACGCCAUUACCCAUCAGUCCUUCUUCCAGCCGGUUAGAACCAUCCAGACGGGAGACCUGGACCAAGGGUUCACACAGGCUGACCACAUCCUGGAGGGUGAGAUGCAUAUGGGAGGCCAGGAACACUUCUACCUGGAGACCAACGUUACUGUAGCUGUACCUAAAGGAGAGGAUGGAGAGAUGGAGCUGUUUGUCUCUACUCAGUCUGCUACCAAGACUCAGUCUCUGGUUGCUAAGGCGUUGGGUGUCCCGGCCAGUAGAGUGGUGAUCAGAGUGAAGAGGAUGGGAGGAGGAUUCGGAGGGAAGGAGAGCAGGUCAACCAUCCUGUCUACCAUGGUUGCUGUGGCUGCUCAGAAGUUGAAGAGGCCAGUGAGAUGUAUGUUGGAUAGAGAUGAAGACAUGCUGGUGACGGGAGGACGACACCCCUUCUAUGGACAUUACAAGGUGGGCUUUAUGGAGUCAGGUAAAGUGGUGGCUCUGGAAGUGACCUACUACAGUAACGCAGGCAACUCCAUGGACCUCUCUCUCUCAAUCAUGGAGCGUGCGUUGUUCCACAUGGAGAACUCUUACAGCAUCGCUAACAUUAGAGGGCGUGGCUACAUAUGUAAGACACACCUCCCGUCCAACACGGCCUUCCGAGGGUUUGGCGGGCCACAAGGAAUGUUGAUUGCUGAGAGUUGGAUGAGUGACGUAGCUCUGAGCCUCGGGCUGCCCGCCGAACAGGUACGUCGUCUGAACAUGUACAUCCAGGGAGAGAGGACCCCUUACAGCCAGAUCCUGGAUCACAUCACUCUGGACCGCUGCUGGGACCAAUGUCUGGAGAUAUCAUCCUUCACCAAACGUAGAGCUGGAAUAGAGACAUACAACAGGGACCACCGUUGGACUAAGCGAGGGCUGUCUGUCGUCCCCACCAAGUUUGGCAUCAGCUUCACCGCUGCCUUCCUUAACCAGGCCGGUGCAUUGGUUCAUAUUUACACAGACGGCUCUGUGCUGUUGACUCACGGAGGGACUGAGAUGGGACAGGGUCUAAACACCAAGAUGGUGCAGGUGGCCAGUAGGACCCUGGGUAUCCCCAGCAGUAAGAUCCACAUCACAGAGACCAGCACCAACACUGUUCCCAACACCAGCCCUACUGCUGCCUCUGCUUCCUCCGACCUCAACGGAGCCGCUGUGCAUAAUGCGUGUGAGAUCCUACUCCACCGUCUAGAACCCUACAAGACCAAGAAUCCUAAAGGAUGCUGGGAGGACUGGGUGAACGCUGCCUACUUUGACCGGGUCAAUCUGUCUGCUAAUGGAUUCUACAAGACUCCAGACCUUGGUUAUGACUUUGAGACCAACACAGGUCGUCCUUUCAACUACUUCAGUUAUGGAGUGGCCUGCUCUGAGGUGGAGAUAGACUGUCUGACCGGCAGCCACAAGAACAUUCAUACGUCCAUCGUCAUAGAUGUGGGGAAUAGUCUGAACCCAGCUCUAGACAUAGGACAGGUAGAGGGGGGCUUUAUGCAGGGUGUGGGUCUGUACACCCUGGAGGAGCUGAAGUAUUCUCCCGAGGGAUACCUGUUCACUCGAGGACCAGGCAUGUACAAGAUCCCCGCCUUUGGAGACAUCCCCACUGACCUCACAGUGUCUCUGCUCCGAGACGCCCCCAACGACAAGGCCAUCUUCUCCUCCAAGGCGAUAGGUGAGCCUCCUCUCUUCCUUGCGGCCUCUGUGUUUUUUGCCAUCAAAGAUGCCAUCACCGCUGCCAGGAAGGAGUCAGGCCUUAGUGGGCCCUUCAGAUUGGACAGCCCGGCCACACCUGAGAGGAUACGCAACGCCUGCGAGGAUCGCUUCACCAAACUGUGCCCCCCUGCAGAGCCAGGCACCUUCACUCCGUGGGCUGUCGUAGUGUAAGACGAACGGAACCAGAGAGAGAAGAAAUGCAGAGGAGAGAGAGAAGAGGGGAGAGACGGAGGGGGGAAUAGGAUAGCAAGCAGAGAGAGAAGAGGGGAGAGACGGAGGGGGGAAUAGGAUAGCAAGCAGAGA